ACUUGCUGUCUGUCAAUUUUUUGUGUUUUGAAAAUGUUUUAAGUGAUGUCAAAGGUUAUGGUAGAAGAUAAACCGGUUGCUUUUAUUUAUAGAAAUGAAUUCUUAGGUUUUUACUGUAAUAAAUCUCAGCAUUGUUUAUGAUGAAUAGAUGUAUGUGCCCUGCUUAAUGCCUGCACGUACUAACCUACUUUUCAUAACUUGAGAUGAUUCUUUCUUUCCUCCUCUGAGGAAUCGCGCGAUAUGCCUUAUAAACAAUGUUCUAUUUUACAGAGAGAAUUAAUUUGUUUCGCUGUUAUAUUUUUAACUCAUGUAUAUUGUAAAGAUGUAGAGAAAAACGCAAUUCCAACUAUUUCAUUGAAAAAUUCUAAAGUUUAUGGACCUGGUCUUUCAGCAAAUUUCACAGUGCCGGUUCGAUACUUCUUUAUCGAACUACUUGAUACAGAACAUAGAAGUUUUUCAUCAUCACCAGAAAGUUUGAAUAUUCAAGUAUCUGGUUUGAAAGAAAAAUGUCGUAUCUGGUAUCAACUUCUUCAAAUAAAAGAAGGUUUAUUCAUUGCUCGUUACCGAUUAUAUGAAACAUGUGUUGGUGUUCAAAUUGAUAUUGUUUAUGAAAAUCAAUUUGUUGCUGAUGCUCCUUAUGUUAUAGAAGGGCUUAUAUUUCAAGAGCAGUGUUAUUGCCCUAAACCUAUAAAUGAGUGGUUGUCCAAUCUCAACUGUCCAUCAAGUUAUACUCAAAUCAAUGAUGAUCUGAAAUUAUUUCCUGAAAUUGAUAUGCGUAGUUCAAUAGAAGAUGCCUUACAAAGAUUUAAUCAUCCAGGAUCUUACAGCAUUUGUCACUACUCUGUAAUUUCAAAUCAGGUUUAUCGAAAAUGCUUUGGACAAUAUGUAGGUUUCAGCAUGUUUAUGGAUGAAAUAUUACUUUCUUUGACUCGGAAAAUGUAUUUGCCAGAUUUAGAGUUAAUUGCUAACUUAGGUGAUUGGCCUUUAGAACAACGAUCUGCUGCUGAAAAGCCAAUCCCAAUAUUUUCUUGGUGUGGGUCAAAGUCCACUAAAGAUAUUGUUAUGCCAACUUACGAUGUUACUGAAGCCACCUUAGAAAUGAUGGGCAGAGUUAUGGUUGACAUAUUAUCUGUAAUGGGUAAUUCUGGUCCAUCUUGGGAACAGAAAAUUCCAAAGGCAUUUUGGAGAGGACGUGAUAGUAGACAAGAAAGGCUUGAUUUGAUAAAACUGGCCAGAGAAUAUCCUGAUUUAAUCAAUGCUUCCCUUACUAAUUUUUUCUUCUUCAGAAAAGAGGAAGCUGAAUAUGGACCAAAAUCAGAAUAUAUAUCUUUUUUUGACUUUUUCAAGUAUAGGUAUCAAAUCAACAUUGAUGGGACAGUUGCUGCAUAUCGGCUGCCUUACUUACUUGCUGGUGGAAGCUUAGUUUUGAAGCAAGAUUCUGAUUUUUAUGAACAUUUUUAUAAUGACCUACAACCGAUGGUUCACUAUGUGCCUUUUAAUCGCAACUUGUCUAAUUUGGUGGACAAACUUCAGUGGGCUAUUGACCAUGACAAUGAAGCCCAAACUAUAGCUGAAAAUGCACAAAACUUUGCAUUAUCUAAUCUAAUGCCCAAAGAUAUCUUAUGCUAUUAUGCUGUUUUAUUUAAUGAGUACUCUAAAAGACUAAAAAGUGAGAGUAUUAUCCAUGAUAAUAUGGAACAUAUAAAGCAGCCUGUUCAAAAAAGUUGUUUGUGUCCAGAUGAAAACAAGCUGCAAGCCAAAUUCAGCAGAGAAGAGCUUUGAAGAAUUCAAAAAAAUGUCUUGGAAAAAAAGGAACAAAAUCAAGAUUGUGAUACAAACCUGCAAUUCAGAAUUUAUGUACAGAAAUUUAAGAAAAUGAAAUUUUACAGAAUUUAUAAAUUAUAUUAGUUUAACUUUUUAUGACUUAAGUAUAUGCAAAGCAUUUGUUAGUGACUUUUGUGCUUGUAAAAAAAAAAUCAAACAACAAUUUAUCUUGAAAUGGCAUAUCCAUAUUCUUAAGUUUGUAAAUUUAUUAAAAGGUAAUGUAUACCAUAUAGAUUGUUUUACAAACUACACAUUUUAUAUAUGCUUCCAUAUAUAUGAACAAAUAUUUUUCAUUUAUUUUUUAUACACAUAAGAACUUUUAUUAUAAUCAUGUACAUAUCAAAAUGUAAAAUUUUAAAAUAUAAUGCAUUUUUAUACUUAAAACUUUACAGGCUUUCUACUUAGUAUAUUUUGUUAUGUAUUUUAUUAUAAAUAUAUUAAAUUUCUAUAUAGGAUUUGACUCUUAUUGGAUCUUUUAGAAUAAGAUUACUUGAACAAAAAAUAUGGUACUUGCAGAUUCCUAAAUACUAGUUAAUAAAAACAAAUACUGGAGCCAUUUUUUUUUCUUUUCUGUAUCUUUGGUCAUGAUAUUUAUUCAUGAUGAAGGAAGUUUCUUUAGGUAUCAGUUUUCUGUGUGUUGUUCUUUGUAAGAAAAAUGAAAAUGAAAUGGUCAACUUUAUAUUUCAUGUUUUGAAGCUAUAUUAUUAAAUACAGGGUUGCCACUCAAAUUUGGGGGAAAAAAAAAACUGUUUUUCUUGCACAUAUAUACAGUAUAAAAGGAAAUGUGAAAAAAGCAUUCAUGUGUUGGGUAUAAUAGAAUAACAAUAUUCCCUAGUUUUUAUCAAUGGAAUAAGCAAACGGAAGUAAGCAAGAAUUCAAUAUUAUCUGAAAAAAUUGUAGGUUAAAUGAACAUUUACAUAUUAAAAAAAAUAAAAGAAAAUUUCAAAUUGGAUCUUUUUAUAUUCUGAGCAUGCUGUGAAAAUUUGUACUAUGAAAUAAAGUUGAAACAAAUUAAUCAUUCACUUUUUACAUAUUGCAUUGUUUGCUUGAGCUUCUGCUGUUUAGCAGUCACAGUGGUGUUGUUUAAUUUAGAGUUAUAUCAACGAUUUUUUUAUUUUUGCAAUAUUUAAAAAAUCUUUUUUUUAGAUAAAAAAGAAAAAGACAUUUAAAAUUCCUUCUUUUCCUGGUUUUAAAGAAAAUUUCAAAACUUCCUGUCUUUUUCUAGUAUUAUGGCAACCUUGAAAUAGUAAACAAAAGUUGAUUUGUAUUAUUAUUUGCUUUAUGGCAUGUUGAUAUAAUGAUUCAUUUGAAUCUUUAAAGCAACAAGUCAUUGAUUCAUUUUUUAAAAAUGUAAUAAAAAAAGUAGGAUAACUAAUGAAAUAAUUUCAUGUAAGUAAAUUGAAAAGUUAAGAGAAAAUUAUAAAAUUAAAUAAUUUAAAAAAAUUACUAAAUCUCAAUUUAAAAAAAUAUUUUGUGGAGAAAUACCUACAUAAACACAAAAUUGUAUAAUGUUGCUUUAUAAGUUUUUAUUUUAUAUAUUUAUGCAAAUGUUGAAGUUUUCAAAUUUGCUCUGACGUAAAAGCUAUACGAAAUAUAACUUGCAUUUCAAAAUAAGACAAAACUUUUGAUAUCUUGCAUCUGUGAUGUUUUUCCUGUUACUGUGACAAGAGUGCUGUGAAUAUUUCUUUAAUCUGUCUUAGCUUCCAAUUUUAAUAAAUUAAUAUUUUAAGCAAUUAUUUCUAAAAAAAAAAAAAAAAAACUUAUGUAUCAGUUUUAAUAGUAUAGUUUUGUUGAUUACAGUAGCUCGUAAUUCAAAAUCUUCUAGUGGUUGAUGAAUAAAUAGUAAAUUUUGUCACGUAAUUAUAAUUAAAUACUUUGAGAUUAAGACAGUUUACCCAUUAGAGGGCAGAGGGAUAAUUUUCUCUAAACUAAUUUAUGCAAUUCUUAUUGAAUAAAAAUGUAAAAGAGCCUCUAAGUAUUUGAAAUUAAUAUGCUAUACACACAACACAUUUUAUUUUAUCCUUUUAAUCUCAUUGAGUUCAUAGGUGAAAAAAGAGAGUAAAGAAUGAAUUACUUUUAUUAACUUUAAAAAAAUGCUUCAAAAAGUCUAUUAUUACCUUAUAAUAUUUUAAUCCAAAAUCAUCAGAGCAUGACUUCUAAGUAAAGAUUAAAUAUUUUGAAAUUGCAAAGAAGAAAAAAACAAAUUACCCUUUUAUAAUCAUUUGCACUUAGAAAUAUAAAUACAUAUAUAAUUAUUCUUGUUAAUGUGAGUUCCAAAAUCUGAGAAAUGUAACUAUAUAAGUGGUUUUUUUCCCCUGAAUAUUUAAUGUACAACUUUUUUUUUUUUUAUUUCUAUCCAAAGUAAGAAAUGUCACAGUGGUAGACUGCCUAGAAUCUUGUCUUUAGAGUGCAAAAGAAUUAACUGUUAAGCAGUUAGGCAGCAAUAUUAUUUUGAAUUUUGGUUUCACCAUUGUGAAUUGCAUAUUGUUAUUUGUAUGAGUAGUUAACUCUGAUCUGUUGUACUCUGCUUUCUACAAAAUUAUUUAUAAUUGAGAAAUUAAAAUAUCAAGUGUUAAAUAACUUGAUAAAAACCAUGAAUUCUUUUUUUUUUUUUAUUUUUAUGUUGACAAGGAAUAAGAAUGCAUGGUUGAUUAUUAUUAUUAAAUAUUUUAAAUGGAAGUUCCAAACCAAAGAUUUUAUUAAGUAUUCACUUGCACUGUUUUUUAAUGACAU